AACAAACAUGCCCUAAGUGGCAUCCCACUAGUAGAACCAAUCAUUAGUACCGCCAUAAAACCAAAGCAGCAGAUCCUAACCCACCACCACAUGAUAACUACCAUAGCCUUAGCCUUAGCCAUUCAAACCAAGAUUCUUUGUGAAUAAUAACAAUGGCCAUGCAACACUACUCUCAUUCCCUUCACAGGACAUGUAUCACACAAUCGUCCAGUGACCGGAAAGACAGCCUCCGGGAGCCAACACCACUCCAAUCUCCGGCCCAGCAAUUCGCACCCCUAGCGUCGGUUUUUAAUCGUCGUCUCGUGACCGGUGUCGGGACAGCUUCUGUGGUGGCUCUUGGAGCUAAUUUUGUGGGGAUUACAAGUUUUCUGCUAGGAUUUUCGCCGGAGAAUGGCCGGAAUUUGAAGCUGGAUGUGCUUUAUCCGAUUGGUGGUUAUAGUCGUUAUGUCCAAACAAAUGAAGGGUUUGCAGAGUUUAUAUACCCAGCAGCCUGGGUAGGAGAUCAGACACUGUUGAAUAGAGCAGUGGGAAAACUAGAGAGAUCACUUGACCCACCUCUCCCAAACAAUGCAGCACCCGACGACCGCCGUCGCCGGAGUGUAAAUGAGCCGGUGGUGGCAUUCGGACCGCCAGGAUCGAGCGGUGAGCUCAAUGUCAGUGUCAUUGUCUCUCCUGUUCCUCUUGAUUUCUCAAUCGAAACAUUCGGAGGAGCCAAGGAAGUCGGGGAAGCUGUGAUUCGUGCAAUUAUAGGGUCGAGCCGACAGGCUGAUGUAAAAGCAGUACUGAUACAAUCAAACUUGAGAGAGGACACAAAGAGAAAUGUGAAAUACUAUGAACUCGAAUACAGAGUUGGAAGCCCGUCCUUUCGACGACACAACAUGGCUGUGUGUUGUGCUCAGGGUGGAAGGUUGUUCACUCUGAAUGCACAGGCACCAGAGUCAGUGUGGCCAGAGGUGAAAUCAGACUUCUAUAGAAUUGCUGAUUCCUUCAAUCUAACAUCUUGAUAUGAGAGAGAGAGAGAGAGAGAGAUGUUUUUCCUUUUCAUGGAACAAUGUUUUUGCCCUAAUUAUGUUCAUCAUACAUAGAAUCAUCUCACUUCCUAGAAGCAGUAGUUGUCAUUGUUUACAUUGUUAAUCUCAAGUUUUGACUGAAAGUACGGUAGGAAGUAAAUACAAUGACCGAGGUGAAAUGUGAAGCCCUGUUUGAUUGUGGGAUUAAUUAAGAGAGAAUAAGAACUGACUCGGCAAUCGGGCAUA